AUGUCCUUCUUCUACCGCCAACUCUUCGUCAAGCCGGCGUACCCCACCCGGAUGCUUAAUGGCCAAACGGUCAUCGUAACGGGCUCCAACACAGGCCUGGGCAAGGAAGCCGCCCGGCACUUCGCGCGGCUCGGCGCAGCCAAGCUAAUCCUCGCCGUGCGCAACACCAAGGCCGGCGAGGCCGCCAAGAUCGACAUCGAGCAAACGACACAGUGUGCACCAGGAACCGUGGAGGUGUGGCCGCUGGACCUGAGCGACUACAGCUCGGUCAAGGCGUUCGCGGCGCGGGCGGCACGGGACCUGGAGCGUGUCGACGUGCUGUGCGAGAAUGCGGGCAUCGCAACGGACAAGAAGCGGAUCGUGGGCGGCCACGAGAGCACCAUCACGGUCAACGUGGUCAGCACGUUCCUGCUGGCGCUGCUGAUGCUGCCGCAGCUCAAGGAGACGGCGCGCAAGUUCGGGGUGCGGCCGCGGCUGACGGUGGUGGCGUCCGAGGUGCACGCGUGGGCCAAGUUCCCGGAGCGCGGGGAGAAGUCGGUCAUCUCGGCGCUGGACGCGACCGACGACAUGAGCGACCGCUACAUGGUGUCCAAGCUGCUCGAGGUGCUGGUGAUCCGGCAGGUGGCGCCGCGGCUCGAGGGCAGCGGCGUCGUCCUCAACAUGCUCAACCCGGGCUUGUGCCACUCGGAGCUGUCGCGCGACUCCGGGCUCGGGCUGACGGUCAUGAAGUUCUUCCUGGCGCGGUCGACCGAGGUUGGGUCGCGGACGCUGGUGGCGGCCGGGCUGGCGGGCGAGGAGAGCCACGGAAAGUACAUGUCGGACGCGGUGGUGAAGGACUACGACGUGUCGGACUUUGUGAAGAGCGACGAGGGCAACAGGGCCGGGCAGAAGGUGUGGGAAGAGCUGAGCCAGAUCCUGGAGGAGAUUGCGCCGGGCGUGACGGGAAACAUCUAG